AUGGCUGCCCCUACACAACUUAGAUCGUUAAUUAAAACUCGUGCAAUUAUCAAAGGGAAUGUAACGCGGUUAAUCGGGUACUUCAGCGAAAGCGCGGAGGUGGACAUCGAUGACAUAGAAACGCGUAAAACAAAACUAGAGGAAAGUUAUCAAGCCUUUUUGAAAACUCAGUUAGAAAUAGAGAUACUGGCCGAAGACUCACAGCUUGAAUCAGAUCAGGAAUUGGAAAGGUCUCGAUUUGAGGAGCACUAUUUUAAGUGCGCAAAGGUUAUAAAUCAACGGCUUCGCGCGCUGUCAGUUAAUCAGACAACCUCUGAACCAGGUACUCCGUCUUCACAUUCGGGUUCUACUAGGAAUUCAAAUAUCACUAUCAAUCACGGCAACACGUUAUUGCCUAAAAUCGAAAUCCGUCCGUUUGACGGCAAUCCCAUAGAUUGGUACAGCUUCCAUGACACGUUUCAGUCAUUAGUACAUAACGAUGUUAAUAUUCCUGCAGUACAGAAGUUUUAUUUGUUAAAAAAUUCUCUGCGCGGUAGUGUAGCCACAAUAAUUGAGCCACUGACUGCAUCAGAAGAAAAUUACAAGGUAGCUUGGGAUUUACUUAAACAGCGUUGUGAUAGGCCGCGUCAAAUAAUUCAGACACACAUAAGAGCGAUUCUAGAAUUGCCAGAAAUUACAAGGGAAUCUCCGCUCAAUAUACGAGCAUUAAAGGAGGCCGCAUUAAUGCAUGUCAAUGCCCUAAAGGCGCUAAAGGAACCCGUGGAAAUGUGGAACUCCAUCUUAACAUAUAUCAUAGUACGUAAACUUGAUAAAAAUACGCGGCGAGCGUGGGAACGCACCUUAGAAAACACGCAAAUGCCGAAAUUCACGGAAUUAGUCGAAUUCUUAAGCAAACAAGAGCGAGGAGAUGAUUCGGAAAUAUGUAAUAGUACGAUAGAAAAUCAGAAUCAGAUUAAAUUCGAUAAACAUGCCAAUGAAGUGGGCAAAUCAUCGAGUCAUUGCACUCAAUCAUUUAUAGCAGAAGCAGAAUUUGUUGCACUUCCGAAAAUCACAGGCAUGUUACCAUCGCGACGCGUCAAUCGUAAAGAACUAUUGAUUCCAAAUAAUAUUAAGUUAGCAGAUCCAGAGUUCGAUAAGCCAGCGGAAAUCGAUCGGGACUACACUGUUUUACAAACUAUUAAAUAA